CCUCAACGAAGAACCUACGCUAAAAAGGCCCAGUCAACGACCUCUCUAAAACCAGGUUCCCAACAACCACUUACCAACCCAACCGACAUUGCUGAGCACGAUAAAUGCCAGGAGAAAAUGAAAUCGGCUGUCGACUGGCUAAGACGGGACUGUGCUGACGCCUCUGCACGGGCUUCUGGACGAGUGACGCCUGCCCUACUCGCCAAUGUACGUGUCCAAGGUCAGAAACUGGAAGAGGUCGCUACGGUCGGUGUUCGAGAUGGGAGUAUGCUUGUAGUGACUGUAUUCGAUGAGGACAACCUCAAGCAUGUCGAGGCUGCGAUAUAUGAUGCCAAAAUACCUUCCAUCACGCCCCAGAGGCAAGAUACGCGGACGUUGAGGAUCCCUGUGCCCAAGCCGACGCUGGACGCCAAGUUGUUGGUCGUCGCUGCUGCAGGGAAGAAAGCAGAGGAGGCGCGCGUGCAGUGUCGCAAGCUGCAUCAGACGAGCGUGAAGAAGGGAAAAUAUGAAAAACGGUCUGUUGAGCUCGAGGUGUUUCAGGAUUUGUUGGACAAGUACAUCACUGAGAUUGACAAAAUCUUGGUGGACAUGAAAAAGACAUUGGGGGUUCACCGAUAA